UUGGCAUCUAAUAGAAGGCCGUUCCACUUCUACCGAGAAGGCCCUCUGCAUAGUGUUUGAAGGGCUCACAAAAUAAGAUGACAAAGGGGAGGGACCUCUUGUAUUGCAUGAGGGCUGAAGCAGAGUUGCGGCUGGGACACUUCUGAGAAGUUGCCUGAAAGAGAGGGGAGCGGGGAGUGCCUACUGAGUUUCCUCUCGGAGCGGAGAAGAGAAGCCGAGGUUUGAUUUACUGGCAGCGCCUCGCAGGACGGGACAGCGCAUUCAGAACAGCAGGAAAUUGUGUGCCAAGUUCUUCCCGGAGCCUUGGAGCUGGAAAAGAUCCCGAAAAAAGUGGGUCAGGAUGGAAAGUGGGGAGAUCAGUGAAGAUGUGGGGGGGAAUGAAGCCAUUCGUCUUCGCGAAUUGCCAAGAAACGAAGCAGGCAACGAGACUGGAACGAAUGGACGGAGGCAAAGACAAUGGCUAAUGGCUUCCAUUGUUCUCAAUGUUGUCUUCUUUAUCAUCAUCCUUGUCCUUGCAGUAGUUCUUCAUAACAGAACAAAGCAACCAAGUUCCAACCCUGUUCCUACUGAAUAUUGCCCAUAUAACUGGACCAGCUAUAGAAACAAAUGCUACUAUUUUUCGGAAGAAGAAGGGGAUUGGAACUCCAGCCAAGUGUUUUGCUGCUCAAACGAUGCGUCUCUUGCUAGGAUUGAAGAGGAUGAAGAGUCUUUUUGCAAACGUCAUGACAUGAAGAGGAGCUACUGGAUUGGCAUGCAACGAGGGAUGGGAGAGACCCGGAAAUGGCUAAAUGGAGACACUGCGAAGAUGAAAGUGAUUGGAGGAGGAGAAUGUGCCUAUUGGAAAGCACAAGAUACCAGUGCCACAGCCUCAAGGUGCACUUCAGUACACCAGUGGUUUUGCAGCAAAUCUGCCAUAUCUAAAAAUCACGAUGACGUAUGAAUAAAAAAUAUAUUAAAGCUAGUAAACGUAGUUUCCUCCAAAUGUGUUGCACUACGGCUACCAUCAUCCCCGUGCAGGCUGGCUGUGGUUAAUGCAUGUUGGCAUCUCAUUCGCCACCCCUGUGUUAUAUAGGGACGCCAUACGUCCUGAUUUUCCUCUGAAAAUGGCGCACUGGAUAAUUUUUCGGAAAUUGGGCAAAUGUCCUGGGAAACUGGCAAUGGGGGUUAAAUCAUGCCAAAAAUGCUUUUAAAAGCUCCAGAACUGAAAAAUUGUUGUAGCUUUUACUAAAGAAAAAAGAAAAAAAGCUCAACUUUGGGGUCUUCCUAAAAAAAGCUGAACAACUUAUGUGGGAUGUAACAUAAGCAGUCAAGUGCAACGCUUCCUGUUUUCCUAGAGUGGAGACACAGGGGGAUGUUACUCCAGUUCCAGGAGGACUUCCUGUCACACCUAGUCUGGAGCAUCCUCCCCCUGCAUGUGACCAGAUGGGUGUGCGUGACCCUGGGAGACCCCAUAAAAGGGGCUGCUCGCUGCUCUCUUGAGGACCAAUUUAGCCUGAUCCUCCAUUCCUUUUUCCCUUCUCUUUUUAUGAAGAAACCCUUCUGGGACCUUAACAUUAAAAUUCUUCCCUGCUCUCCUUGCCAGCCUUAGCAGGACUAACUUGGCCAGUUAGCCCUGGCGAUGCUAUUGUACUUUAUGCUGUUUUUAAGCUAUUUUAAAGUCGUUUUUAAUCAGUGUUUUAUACUUGUUGUUAGACACCCUGAGCCCGGUUUCUAAACUGGGAUAUUAUUAUUAUUAAUUGUUGUUGUUGUUUUGAUGCCAUCCCUCGUUGUUCUUGUUGUUCUUUUGAUGCUGAUACUGUCUGCUGGCUCUCCGCCAGCAGGACAUGGGCUCAAAUCCUCAUAUGGGAUGAACCCACAUUCUCUUCUGUAACUCUAAGCUAAAGCCUGCCUUCAGGGAUUCAACUGUGAACUGAAUGUGAGUAAACUUCUUGUUACUUAUAAA